AUGCUUUCUAACUUCCAGCUAGUGGAUAUUUCGAAGUCACGUCGUCUGGGCGGGCGUCUACUGCCUCGAGUGCGCCCGUCGCCGUCGGUGUCUUCUUCUUCAGUUUUGCCUCGGGACAAUUCAGCUGUUGCCUCCGUGUCUUUGUCCCCUGAGACAGCAGCGGACACAAGAGAGACGGGGAUAGUAGUGGCUGAGGCAUCUUUCGACUUGGCGUCUCUUGUUGCUGCUCACAAGACAGGAACUCAUACUCAGUCACUGGAGCUGCCUCUUACAAAGACAAGCGGGCACUUUGUUAUAUCCUUUUCGUGCACGAAGUUAGAGGGACUCAUUGCGGCCGAGGCCUCACCUAUUCCACAGCCGGCAGCUGGGGCUAAACGAUCGUUGACACCUGCAGCAGCAGCAGCACUACUUGCUGGAGUAGAAGCUUGUCAGCCCACGGUGCUGCGCCUGCCGCAUAAGGAUACACUGCCUUCUUCUUUAGAAAUGCCGACCUUCGAGGAAACUGCACCGAAACAGCAGCAGCAAGCGGCAGCAGCUACUCCAGCAUUCAAUGAUGGGGCAGCAAAGACUCCCUCCAUUGAGAAAAUCCAGCGACCAUUGCAGGAAGUUGUGUCCACGGGCACUGCGACCACCCCAGCGGAAUUGUCUCCUGCCGAAAGCCAGCGGCAGCAGAGGCAGCAAACACAACAAUCACAGCAGCAGCAACAGCAGCAGCAGGUUGAGCUGAGACAAAAGGAUGAGCUGAUAGCGAGUUUGCAGCGGCAAGUAGCUCUCAUGGAGGCAGAGGAUCGGCAAAUGACGAACCCCCAGUUGGCGCAGCUGUUUGCUCAGAUUGACGAGCUGCAUACAGCACUUGCUGCAGCGCAGGAGCAGCAGCUUGCAGCAGCUGAGCAACUACAAAAAGUGAGAGAGAAGGGAGAUGGUAGCGCAGGAGCAGCUGCCCUGCAACAACAGCUGCACGCAGCAGAACAACGCCUGCAACAGCAAGAGCAGCAAACCCGCGAACUUACGCUACAGCAGCAGGAGAUGCAACAGAAGAGCUGCGAGCAGCAGCAGCAACUGCUGCAGCUGCAGGCUGAAAGGGAUGGCAUGCAGCUGAUUGCUGAUGCCUACAAGAAACAGCUGGAGGAAGUCCAUAAGCAGUUGCAGCAUCAGCCGCCACAUAUGCUACAGGAGGAGCGGAUGGUAAUCCUGUUGCAACAAGUAAAACAGCAGGAGCAGGAAAUUCAACAACUUCAAAAUAAAUUAGAUUAUGAGACAAGGGAAAAAAAUACAGCACAAAACGAAGUACGGCUGCUGCAGAAACAGUUACAUGAGCAGCAGCAGCUGCAUCAAACCAAGGGCAAUUCUGACUCCGCGUCAAUCCUUCAGGAGCAAAUCAUUUCACUGCAACGGCAGGUUGUGGAGGCGUCGGAAAUGAGGGAGUCGUUGCGCGUUUCUAAAGACCAAACGAUUGGUGAUCUCAGGAAGGCCCUUCAAGAGAUGCAGCAAAAACAAGGAGAGACGCAGUCCGUGCACCAGCAAGCGCUGCAAAAGCUAAACGCAUCUAGAGAAGAGGCGGAAGCUCUCAGGGAGAAAGUUCGCUGUCAGGAGGAAACACUGCAGCGGCUUCCCACGCAGGCAGCCUGGUCCUGUGCCCAGCAGCAACACCAAAUGUUGCUGCAGCAGCAACGGGAGUGGCAGCAGCAACAACAGCAGCAGCAAAGGCAGCAGGAAUUCGAGCUUGCAGCCAAAGCAAAGCGCAUAGAAGAGCUUGAAAAGGAGCUGGUUCACGCCAAGGUGGAAUUGGCUGCGGCAGAGCAGCGGCGACACGAAGACAUUGAUGCUUUCAAGAAGAAAUUGCAGGCCGUCAAGGAAACCGUGGUGGCGUACGCCGCUGCUUCCAGCAGCAGCCUUCAGGUGUAG